CUUCCUUUGACUAUAUCCCUUCAAACACAACACAUAAGUAAUCAGAAUAUUGAGACGAGAAGAACAUCGAGAAGAGAAGAAAUCAUGUCCAGUCGUCCAAGUAGAGGCGACAGUCCUCGUCCAACUAGGAGUAGAAAAGUUGCUGGCAGCAACAAUGACGAGGACGAUGCUUCUACAACUGGUCCGCGUCAAAAUUGUCAACCAAAGAAGAUGGAGGCGAACUCUAAAGAAGAUGCUGACGAAUGCAACGCGAUGCUUCAUGGGACCUUGGAGGAGGAAGCGCAGCAUGGUGAACAGAGGACUAAGCACGACAAGAAGACCAUCUUCAGAAAGUCAGAACUAGACGUAAAAAAAGCAAAGGGAAAAAUAUUAGACCAAGAACAACAUGAACAUGUAGAAUCAUGCAAAACUAGGCUGAACGUGAACAGUGUAAACGUGAACGUGAAACUGAAGACUCAGGAGAAAGAAGUCAUACUACGAACACCAAUGCGGACGUCGACGACGACGCAAAAAUGGGUUUCCAGGAUUAUGCAACACGAGAGCUUUUUUCUGCAUCCAUCGCGUUCGUCGCUACCAAUCUUGUAUCCUCGACGACCUGGUUGCUUCAACUAUCUCCAGUAG